AUGUCCACCUUCGCAGGUCCCCUAACGCCCUUCGAAGAAAAGGGCCGAGCCCACGCACACAUCGCGUUCUUCGGCUUCCUCGUCGCUCUCCCUCUCGGCGUCGGCUUCGCUCGCUACCUUCGCACAUUCUACCCCAAAUGGCUCUGGGGACAUAUGAUCGUCAACUUCAUCGUUAGCGGGCCGUUGAUAUUCGCCGGGUUUGCGUUAGGUGUUCAGACGACGACCAUGAGCGGGUUGAAGCAUUUCAAUGAUCCUCAUCAAAAAGCCGGCCUCGCGCUCCUCAUCCUAUACGUCGCCCAACUCCUUCUAGGCGUAUUCAUCCACUGGAUCAAGGUCCCGCGCGUCUUCACCGCUUUGAACGGCCACCGCCCACAGAACUUCCUGCACAUCAUAAUCGGCGUGUCCAUCCUCGCGCUCGCAUCUUGGCAGGCUCAUUAUGGACUGUACACCGAGUGGGCCGUCGCUACAGGGAACUUGCAUCCUGUGAGUAACGGGUGUAAGAGGUUCUGGCUCGCCAUCGUCGUCAUCGUGUGGGCGCUUUACCUCGGUGGGAUGGCGCUACUUCCGCGUCAGCUGCGCGCUGAGAGGUAUGCGAUGAGAGAUGCUCAGGCGGCCAAGUGGGCUGCUGCGGGGAGGGACAGCAAGGAGCAGCAUCUCAUGGGUCAGGAGUCUCCGGUCGCUCCUGCAUGA